CAACAAUUUAGUGUAACUAAUCUAUAGAGAAAUGAAAAUGAGUGGAUGGGACAGUUUCUGUGGGGUUAUUAGUGAUCGGUGACAGUAAAGGAUACUUUUUGGAAUUUAGGAAAGUUCAUCGUCCAGGAAGCUGCAAGAAAUGUCUCAAUUCCGAGCGAACAUAAGAACAAACAGUGUUCCCGAUGACUAUCCUGUAAGGCCAAACUCUGUUAUAAAGCAAGAUCAGCCAAGUACGAUGAUAGAUAAAAACGUAAUAUAUACAUUUGUGCUCCUGGGUUUAACUUACUUCCUAUAUGGAUGUGGACUCAGCAUUUACGGACCCUUAUACCCCAAAGAAGUAACUUCGAAACAACAUCUUACUUCAUACAUUUAUGGAUCAGUUAUCUCAGCAAGUUCUUUCGUAACUGUAGGUUUUUAUCCUGUAGCUUGUAGAAUGGCAACUUCUCUAACAUGUAAGCAUUCGCUAAGUAUGAGCGUUUUCAUGAUUGGAGUAUGCAGAGUACUGUUUGGGUAA